AUCAACGACUACCAGCCUGGAGGCUGCAUCGUAUCUCACGUAGACCAGAUCCACAUCUUCGAGCGCCCAAUCGUGUCUGUGUCUUUCUUUAGCGACUCGGCACUUUGUUUCGGCUGCAAGUUCCAGUUCAAGCCCAUCCGAGUGUCGGAACCUGUGCUUUCUCUGCCGGUGCGCAGGGGGAGCGUGACUGUGCUCAGUGGAUAUGCUGCUGAUGAAAUCACUCACUGCAUACGGCCUCAGGACAUUAAAGAACGCCGAGCGGUCAUCAUUCUCAGGAAGACAAGAUUAGAUGCGCCGCGUUUGGAAACAAAAUCCCUGAGCAGCUCCACAUUGCCACCCAACUAUACUUCAGAUCGACUGUCAGGAAACAGCAGAGAUCCUGCGCUGAAACCCAAAAGGUCCCACCGCAAGGCAGACCCUGAUGCUGCCCACAGACCCCGGAUCCUGGAGAUGGACAAAGAAGAAAACCGGAGGUCUGUGCUUCUACCCACACACAGGGGGAGGGGUAGCUUUAGCUCUGAGAACUAUUGGCGCAAGUCCUAUGAGUCCUCAGAAGAUUGCCCGGAGGGAGCAGGCAGCCCCACCCGGAAGGUGAAGAUGCGGAGACACUGAGGCCCUGUGCCCUCCUAGAACUCUGGCUAAUCCUGAUGUAGCUGCCCCAUCUCCUGUUUCAUUUGAGUGUUUUUUUCUUUGUUUGUUAUUUUGGUCCUAUAUAUGUUUUCCUUUCUUCGUUGCCUAUUAAGGCUAAAGAACAGAAUUGGCGCAAGACCUGGGUUAUGUUCUUGGCUUUCCUCCUUGAUGGAAAAGGCUGUUAGCUUCUGUAGGGGAACACUCAUACCAAAGUGGCCACUAAAGACAGUGGGGACAGCUGUCUUCAAGUGGAAAUGUGUCAGACUAGGUUUAUUUAAACACACAAAAUGAUUUGGUUAAGGAAUUCUUGUUUGGGCUUUAAAUGUAAACUUUGCAGUGUUUUAAAUUUAAAGGCGAUUCUUUUGCCAGCCCUUUUCUUCCACUGAUGCUCAUGCUUGGAUGAGGUAUCUUGGAGCCAUAUAGGUCCUGCAUUGGGCCUGCUGCCCCUACAUCUCACCUGCUGUCCAGACUCUGGAAGCUCAUGCAAAUACCCUGUUCCUCACUGUUCAGGUUGGCUGGGGGUGGGGCUUAAACAGUGCCAGCCCCUGCCAUCCCAAUUCUGAGUCCCCAGGCUCCUUGCAUGCCCUCCAGCUUGCUCUGCCCACCAAUCCUGGGUGGUCAAGAGACUAGCACAGUGGUCCUGACCUCUUGCCAAGAGCUUGCCCAUUUUCUGGGUUGCUCCUUUUAGGCAUGUGUGUGUGGUUGUAUGGAACAGUUAGAUUUGCUGCAGUGGGUCAUUUGUAGGAAUUGUUUCUAGCUAGAGGAAUUGAUUUGCUUCCGGUCUAGCAUUUGGGUUAUGGGAACUUGGGGUGUGUGGUAGGGCGUUGUUUCUUUUUUUCUGAGGUGUUUCCCCUCCCAUUAGUCUCUUGGCUUUUUCCUUUCCUUUUCUCCUCAGUUGGCCAUCUUGGUUCUUCUCCCCCCCCCCCCCAUUUCA